AUGGGUUCUACUCAAGAUGAAAUCAACGAUGCGAUAAAAAAUGGGACACUUGACGACAUUAGGAGCUUUGCAGAGCUUCACAAGCGCAGACAAAACUUCGAGACACAAUUAGAGCUGCUACCCGAUAUUCAUCAUCGUGGCCGACUCGCUUUCGACACUGCCAUCGACGUAAACGUUCCGGAGUCGAUCAAAGCAGGAGUUCCAGUAGUUUCCGUUGUGCAGCGGGUGCUCGAUGCUAUCGGAGCGCUUUACGACGAAAACACACGUCGCAAUGCAGAGUCAGUCCCAGAACGCGAAAGCACUGCCGAGCACGAGUCUCUGGUGAAAGAUGCGACACCCUCCCAGCGACCUGAUAACCAAAAUGAGCAGCCACGCGAGCAGUCACAUGAGAUGGAAGAAGUCAUAGAAUCGAGAGAGCUAUUAGACUAUGACGAGCCAGAUAGCGCGGAAGAACAGUUCUACGAAUCCGAGUCAGACUACGGAAAGCCAUCCAAAGGAAAAGGCAAGCUUAAGAGAGGCAGAAAGAAGACGAAAGACAUCGAAGCCGCCAGAAUUGCUAUCGCAGUGGAAGCCAGGCAAAAGAGAAUGCGCCUGACCCACGGCACGCCCAAUAGCGACGCGAAGAAUCCUAAGCGCCAUCUCUUCGGUCUCAAUUCUGAAUUGGGAGACACGAGCGCUACGCUUUCACCGACACCCUCGUCACCGACAGCCAAGAGCAGGAAAACGCAAAACAACCUAGCGGCAUCUCCGCGUCUUCGCACUCGAAGCAGAUUAUCUGAGGUAGGUACGCCGCUCUUAUCAUCUAGCCCAAUCAAACUAAUGAACAAACAGCAAGCCGAGAACACACCCAGCAAACCGCCCGCCAACCUGCCACCUUCGAUGAAGGACAGCACGACUCCUACCGACCCACCAAGUCUCAUCGUCAAGCUCAAGACCCGUAAACCGUCUGCGCCCAACCCGGUACACGUCUCAGGACCCAAUCACCACCCCAAGCGCAGACGUCCACCGAAACCAUACAAGAGUGCGGAAGUUGUAGACUCAGAUGACGAGGGCGAGGAAAUGAAGGAAGAGGCCCCUGCCAAGAGUAUCAAAGAGACAAAGCGAGCGACGCGCAAAGCUACCGGCAAGAUUACGAGCAAGCUUAAGACACUUGUCUUUGGCAGAAAGGAAGAAGUGGCAGUGGAUCGAGACGACGCUGUCGAUGUCGAAACGGCCGACCCGGAACCCAUCUCAAGGAACGGUACGACGCGCGAACCCCGACAAACGCGAAGCGGAAUGACCACACGUGGAAAGCAACCUACUAACCUCUCCAAGGCCAAGCAAGACGCAAACAAGCCCAAACCACCAGCGCCGUCAGUCGCAAAAGUGGCGAAAAAGGCUCCGGUAGCUCCACAGCCAAAGCGGAAUACUACAACACGGCCGCGAAGAGGUGCCAUGUCCUCACCCUUUGAGUUGUUCGAGCCACCUCCCGCAGAAACCGCUAUGCCCGCAGAAGAGAACGUCUUCUCGGAUACGUGGUCAGACACCGCCGUAGUACCAAACAGCCCUUCGCCUCCGCUCAUUGCUAAUACGCCUGAUUCACGCCCAGUAUCUCCGUCAUCUCCCUCGAAAACCGAAACGCCAUCCAUUGCCUCUCCAACCAUCCUAACCCCCCUCGCACCCCAAACCUUCGCGCCCUUCCCGCCACUAACCCCCCGCGACCUCACCCCCUUCACACGCGGCGCCCGCAUCGCGCUUGAAAACAUUCUGUCAGACCACCAGUCCGAGCCCUUGACCAGUCUCAUCGACCUGAUCGAAGAGCUAGACGACACGCGUCCAAUUGUAAACGAUUGGGAACAUGUCACGGUGAUGAAGGGCGGGUGUUGGGUGUACCAGGUUAUGAGGGAUGUGUGGGAAGAGGUUGUGGAUGAGAGUGAUGAGGAGGAAAUGGAGGUGGAUGUUAAUAUUGAGGAGGUUGUGGGGCGGGUUGGGGUGUGGGUUGAUAGAGAGGUGGGGAGGUUAGGUGGGAUUGAGGAGGGAGAGUAA